AUCGCAGAGUACAUGGGAACUGCUAAUAGCAAACUGGAGGAGCAGAAGACGAUUCGUCGUGAAGACGAAGGCAAUUAGGGCAUAUCUCUGAAUGCAAAGCCUUCCCAGAAGACCGCCGGAGGAGGAAUCGAGGCUAAGAUUGCGAGUCCAAAAGCAUCACACGCUACGGGACUUCUUCAUCUUCUUUUCAAGUUUUCUAGUUGGUCGAAGAAUUGAUGUCUCGUAGGGACGAGGAAACAGAGUUGUAAAUUUUCUCACCUGGAUUUUCUGUUGUUAAAGAGUUCUUCUGUGGAUUUUUGACACAAUGGUUAACGGGAGUACUGUUGAUCAUUCGCUGGAUGUACGGUUGGAUAGGCGACUGAAGAGAAGGUUAGUUUCGAAUCGACAGUAUAAGAACUACUGUUGCAAAACUUCGAAGAAGCAUGAACUAGAAGAAUUCGAUGCGGAAUAUCGGAAAUUCUUAGAUAAUUUACCGAUGUUUGUGGAUAGCAGUGAGGAGAUUGUUGAGGCUAAACCUCAGGAUUUUGGGCGUGAUAAUGACGAUAAUGGGACUUCGCGCUGUAAAUGGUUGGUAGAUGAAGUUGAUCCUGUUUAUGAGAUGUUUUUUCAGCAUUUGAUUGAAGAGGGGAAAGCAUAUAAGCUUGAAAUUCCAUCAGUUGAUGGAAUGAAAGUGUAUGUGAAGUAUGAGGAAGACGAAAAAUCAAGCCCGAAGAAAGAUCAAAAUAGUAAAAAACCUGGAACUAUCAGGACCUUGACGAGUGCUUCAAGGAAAGAUGAGAUAGCGAGCACAGAUAAAGAAAGCCCGGUUCCUUUGUUUGAGGAAGAGUUCAGUCUGGAUUGUGCAAAACCUGUAUCUAAUGGGGUCAAUGGAAAUUCAAGCACAAUGCUCGGUACAGGUCUUCUCAGUUCUGCUAAGCGUCUUUCCCUAUCCGAUUCUGACUCGGAUAAUAUGGACGAAGACUAUAAGACAUUUUUGACAGAUUUUCUUUGUGAUGAUCGUAGAUAUCAAUUAAUGCCUCCAGAUGGUAGGCGAUUUGUCUAUGAGCACGAUGGAAGUAUCUCUAAGUCAGAAGUGGUGAAGAUGAACACCGAUUCAUGUAAGCGCAGCAGUGCUAGAUUUGGGAGAAAAUAUUUACGUUCCGCUAUGGAUAUAGAUAGUGGGAAGAGUCUUCAGAGUCCUGGUAUAUAUAAAAGUUCCAAUUUCAGGGAGAGGCUCAUAAAAGUUCUUCAAAAACCAUAUGAUCAACGUGAGUACGACUUUUUUCUUCAAGAAGUAGGCCGCCGUAGGCCACAUGUUCGUCAUAGAGAAUUACGUAGUAGAGUGCUAAAACCAUAUACACUGGAAUCUCGCGCCAAAUCAUAUCUUCAUCUCUAUGAUGAUCUUGCUAUGAAAAUUCAAUCAGUUCAAUAUGAUUGCCCCAGAACUUUGAACCUACUACGUGGCUUCUUCUAUUGGUUGCAGAAUUUGUCCCAUGAGGAUGCUUUUCAGCCUUGGAUGGACCCAUCAUGCCUGAAUGUGUUGCCACUCUCAUAACUUGGAAAUGUAGCUCAGUUUAAGCUCUUGUUUAAGUCACUGUAUUUGGUGAUGGAUAAAUCAGAUAAAACAGUGUCCUGAAUGUAUUUUGGUGGUCUUUGGUUUCAUGCUCUGUAAGUACGGUAUAAAGUUGGUGCUAACCAUUCAUUUGUUGCAUGAUCCACAUGAAGUAUAGGAAACACAUUCCUUCUGCAUAACUCAGAAGUGUAGCAUUUUUCCUUCUUAUUUGUGCGUUUCAUUCCCCUUUGAAUUUCAAAGGUCUCAAUGUAA